CUCAAUUUUUUUCGGUGGCGUCUUCGUCUUCUUAGGGCAGCAAGAACAGAACAGUUAUGGAGGGCGGCAAAUGAAGUGCUUUUGAAGCCAUUUCUGAGCGAAGUCAAACCAAACGACAUUACUGUUGUGCUACAGUUUCAGGGCUCUAAGAUUUUUUCUUUUUUGAAACAGUAGUAUAGGAUGUUUGAGGAUGUAGCUUCGAGAAGUAAGCUCUCUAAGAAGCUCAAAAUUUCGGGUUUAAAAUUCAAUAGUACAAAAGAUACAAAGAAAAAGACUCAAAGAACUCGUAGUGACAAUGAGGAUGGUGGUAUGAAGAACUUUAGUUCUGAUAAACCAAGAAGGGGAAGCCACAAUGAGGAUGGUGGUAUGAGAAACUUCAGUUUUGAUAAACCAAGGAGGGGAAGCCACAAUGAGGAUGGUGGUAUGAGAAACUUCAGUUUUGAUAAACCAAGGAGGGGAAGCCACAAUGAGGAUGGUGAUAUGAGAAACUUUAGCUCUAAUAAACCAAGGAGGGGAUCCUCCAAUGAGGAUGGUGGUAUGAGGAACUUUAGUUCUGAUAAAACAAGGAAGAGAAGUUACAAUGAUGAUGGUGGUAUUAGGAAAUUUAGUUAUGAUAAAACAAGGAAGAAAGUCUUUGAUGAGGAUGGUGGUGUGAGGAACUCUAGUUUUGAUAAAACUAGAAAGAGAAUCUAUGCUAACCGACAAACUGGUGGGGAGGUAGUAUUUGAUGGCAAUGUAGAUAGACCUAAUAGAAAACCUUUGUCAAAGAAAUGGCAGAGCCAGGGGAAAGAUGAUGUUGUUGGAGCAAAGGGGAAGAAUGUAUCUCCUCGCUCAAUGUGGGUUUCUAGUAAGUUGGAGGAUACCAGUUCUGAAGCUAAAGUUUCUUCUCAUAAAGCUAAGAACACAGUGGAAAAUGAACGAAUUUCUCAUGUAGCUCGGACAAAGGGGAUUGAUAAGAAAAAGUCUCAAGAUAUGUAUUCCUCAAAUUCAACCAAGAAAUGGGGUAAAGACAAGAAGAACCAAGCUGAGGACUUGGAGGUUCUAGAUGAGCAGCCAAAGAAGUCAAAACGGGUCAUUCGGAUAGAUCCACAUGAUAUCUCAAAUAAGAGGCUGGUGGAGGUGGACAAUAGUCUUGUGAAUGUUGACAGUAAAACUGAGAAGAAAAACGUUAUGGAAGAACCGGCUGAAGUUUCAAAGAAUGCACAAUUUCGAGCCAUCCAACCUAGUUCGUCAAUCCUUUCCUAUGUGGAAGAUAAUUUUUUGGGUCGUAGACGCAUGAUUGAGCUGCGGAGGGCAGGCUACAACACUGAUCUUUCGGCUCCUUUGGAUAACAUUCCCUUCUCUUCUAACCCGGAAAGAGAACGAAUUGAAGAAACUAUAUUUAGGAACAAAAUGACAUUUUUUGCCGCUGCAAAGGCUUCAUCAUCAUUUCCACCACCUGAGUUACCAGAGAUUGCCUUCGCAGGAAGAUCAAAUGUUGGAAAGUCAUCGCUACUAAAUUCCCUUACUAGACAGUGGGGUGUUGUGCGGACAUCUGACAAACCUGGCCUCACUCAGACUCUUAAUUUCUUCGACCUGGGAUCAAAGCUGUGCUUGGUUGAUUUGCCAGGCUAUGGGUUUGCUUACGCAAAAGAAGAAGUUAAGGAUGCCUGGGAAGAGCUUGUGAAGGAGUAUGUUUCCACAAGAGUUGGUUUGAGAAGGGUAUGUCUCCUUAUUGAUACAAAAUGGGGAAUGAAGCCAAGGGAUCAUGAACUCAUUGACUUAAUGGAAAGAUCUCAAACCAAAUACCAGAUUGUUUUGACCAAGACAGACACAGUCUUCCCUAUCGAUGUAGCACGUCGUGCAAUGCAAGUUGAAGAGAGCCUCAAGGCACACAAGUCGGUUGUUCAACCCCUGAUGAUGGUAAGCUCAAAAUCUGGAGCUGGUAUCCGAAGUUUAAGAACUGUACUUGCCAAGAUUUCUCGUUUUGCCAAACUCUAAUCUUCUCAGUUUACAGGCUUUUGAUUUUUUGGGCAUGUUCGAGUAAAGAACUUGAGAAUCAUUAUACAAGAAAAGAGGGGGAUAAUAAGCUACAAAAUUUAGCUGGAGGAGUACUACUUGAUUUCUAAGCUUGACAAGUCCCAGCUGUAAUUUUUCAUACUAGAUUAUAGAAAUUUAACUUGGGUAGAAAUUUUUUUCGAUUUACAAGGAUAUUUAUCCACUGUUCAUCUCAACCUUAAAAAAAACUAUAAAGAAAAGAAAAUCAUUUAUUAAUGUGGGAUGUGUCAUGAAAAUAUAGGUGUUGAUGCUUGUGGUUUGUGCAGUGAGUAAUUAUGUUGAUAUAACAACAAUGACAAUGAUUUCAGAAAUUGACGUUUGAACUGGCCUGAAAAA